CUGCCAAAAUGCAGAACUAGAAAUGUCUUAGGUUUCUACAGUUUUAGUUUCGAUUCAAAACAAAACAAUAAAAAAAUAGCAAAAUACUGUUUUGGUGAAAAACACAGCUUCUAAUACCCAGAUUUGGUAUCAUUCUCAGCGUAAGCAGACUCAAAGUGCUAUCCUGCUCUUUAAGAAAUCUGAAAUAUGAUCGUGGUCUCCAAAAGAAGGAGAUGCUUGGAAAGCGCCAGAUCCUCGUCCCUGACACUUCGGCAAGUGCUCACUGAAGACGGAAAAAGGCUCUUCCCAGGGCGAUGCUGCGGGAAGUCUCCCUCCGUGCCGUUACGAAGGUCGCUACAGCUUUUCCACGCCAUUCCCACCCGGCAGCCAGCUCCGUCGGAACGCGGGCUCGCCCCUCUGCUCACUCCGGGCGUGCGGCGCACGGAGACCACAGAAAGUUGCUGCUCGUCCAUCGCUGCGGGCAGAGAGCCACGGGACCCCGCGCACGUCGCAGCUCCACCGCCGAGGGGCUGCCGCCGCAGCGGGACGGUCCCUUCCUCGGAAGGAGCCGCGGCGAGGGGAGGGCGAGCGGUCCCGCACCGGUGCGGUGAGUAGCCCCGGGGCAGCCCGCCGCCGCCGCGGGGGGAACUGAGGCAGGCGGCGGCGGCCAGAGAUGCCCCCGCGGGUGGGCGCCCUCCCAGCCGCGGACGGCGCCGGCUGCCAGGGGUCCCGCGGGCCCCACAGAGGGCGUCGCGCCGUCAGGACCGGCCGGGGGAGCGCCCCUGAUGGGGAACGCGGCGGUGGGAGGCAGCCCGCAGGCGCUGCAGGUCCUCACCGGCUGCCUGCUGGGCGCCCUAGUGCUGAGCACGCUGGUGGGCAACGCGCUGGUAUGCCUGGCCGUGCUGCGCUUCCGACACUUGCGUGCCAAGGUCACCAACUGGUUCGUGCUGUCGCUGGCUGUCUCGGACCUCUGCGUGGCCCUCCUGGUGAUGCCCUGGAAAGCAGUCACUGAAGUGGCUGGCGGCUCCUGGCUCUUUGGCAGCCGCUUUUGUGACACCUGGGUGGCCUUCGACAUCAUGUGCUCCACCGCCUCCAUCCUCCACCUCUGCAUCAUCAGCCUGGACCGGUACUGGGCCAUCGCCAGCCCCUUUCGCUAUGAGCGCAGGAUGACACAGGGCCUUGCCUGUGCCAUGAUAGCCACAGCCUGGGCUCUCUCCAUCCUCAUCUCCUUCAUCCCAGUGCAGCUCCACUGGCACAAAGCCAAGGAGGGAAGAUAUCCAGGCUCCUGGCUACCUGGGACACCCCGCUGUGAUGUCAGCCUGAACCGCACUUACGCCAUCACCUCUUCCCUUAUCAGCUUCUACAUUCCUGUGGCCAUCAUGAUCAUCACCUAUACCAGGAUCUACCGAAUUGCCCAGGCCCAGAUCCGCCGUAUCUCUACUCUCGAGAGAGCAGGGGGGCAGUGGCCAGCUCACGGCAAGGAGCCUACCUCCUCUUUGCGGAGUUCCCUGCACAAGGAGACCAAGGUGCUGCAGACAGUCUCUAUCAUAAUGGGAGUCUUCGUUUGCUGCUGGCUGCCCUUCUUCCUGCUCAACUGCCUGCUGCCUUUCUGCCAGCCUGAGCACAAGAGAGACCAUGAAGGACAGUUACCCUGUGUUGGCCAAACUACCUUCAACAUCUUUGUGUGGUUUGGCUGGGCCAACUCCUCAGUGAAUCCAGUGAUCUAUGCUUUCAAUGCAGACUUUAGGCGGGCUUUCAGCAAUCUCCUGGGCUGCCGGUGCUUCUGCUGUGGCACACCUGGAUCCACUGUGGAGAGGGUCAACUUCAGCAAUGAGCUGGUUUCCUAUCAUCAUGACACCACUUGCCAGAAGGGAGGACCUGCCUCAUCAUCAGUACCCCCUCCUGCAAUCACUGCCUGGGUGCAGCCCACACCCCAUGCCAUAAGCUUUCAGGGAGAGGACAGCAGUGAGGAGCUGUCUAUGGAGAAGGGGCCUGUGGCCUCCCAGACACAGGCUGCCCCUGGCAGCAGCCCCAGGAGUUGUCAGGUGCCAGCUGUUUUGCAGUUAGAUUGCAAAGCAGAGCUAUCUCUGGAAACUAUUACCCACUGUACAGGGCUUGGUCGGUGUGAGAGACCCCAUCACUCUGUUCCAGAGGGAUAAGAGAUUGCGUGUUCCUCAUGCACACAGCCAUCCCACAGGGAGAACACACUGUGCCUCCACGUAAGUUACACCCAUCCCACAGCAAAAAAAAUCCCAUCCCAGAGGGGUAGAAACCUGUUGCUCUUACCCCAGAGGGGUGAUAGGAAUAUGAAGUCCAUUCCAAAAGGAUCUAGCAGUCACAUAUUAACCUCUUCCCAUGGCCACCUUCACUCCUUACUCUUUUGCAGUCAGAAGACAUUUCCCAUGCAUUUGUUCACCCUCACUCUUCAAUCAAACUUGUGAUUUUUAUUAAGAAUAGUGAGAGAAUUAGAUCAAAAUGAAAACAACUCAUAGUUUGAGACUAUAAUAUAAUCUUACAUAGCUAAGAUUAGAUUUAGCUAAAAUCCCAUUCCCUGCCUCCCAGUUUACACAUCAUACAAUGUGCAUAGUUCUGAUCUUAAAGGUUUGUGUUUGGUUUCACUUCUGUGUGUUUAUUUCAAAGCCUUGUGUCUGGAUUUACACAUUUGAAUCUGUGUUUAGGCUCUUAAAUGGAAUUUACUGUAUUAAAACAUCACUAUCUUCAGUCAAAAGACUGCUCAAAACCCUGGGAAAUUCAGUUGAUUUAAUGUAGGACCCCAAACACAAUUUCAGGUGCCCAACUCUGGUAUUCCAGCUUAAUGAUAUUGACCUAGGAUUUUCCUCAUCCUCAAAUGUUAGAAAACGUAUUACAGCAGGACGGUGUUUGAGAACUAACACUAUAACUCCAGAGCAAUUUAAGCUAUCAGCUGAGGCAGCUUCAAUCCUUCCUUUCUCCUACUAGUUCAGGCAGCUAAUCCUUCCAGAAAGCAAGCUGGUCCACAAAAAUAAAAAGUGACCAGGUCAUCUCUCUGAACACAUUUCACUGGUCCUAGACAUGAACAGCAACAAAAGGCAGAGCAAAUGGGCAUUGAAUGGCUUGCAGGAGAGAAAAUACUGAGGAACCUUUAUUGUCAUUUGUGUAUGCGUAAAACAGCUCAGCAGACAUUAAUGGAACACAGUGGCACUUCACUGUCCUCCACUUCACUGUCCACCACUGAAGAGUUCUGCUGCUGACUAUUUAAUAGUGUCACCAUUAUUAACCCAUUUUUCUGGCCUUUGCCUAUGAUUGAAUUCAUGGACUUCGAUUCAACUAAGGAAGAUGAAGGUGCAGCUGCCCAGAAAGAGACAUCAAAAAUGCUUACACUGCAAGAGUUUUCUUGGACUUUCAGUCUUGUAGAUGAUACAGCUGGUAUCUUUCAGAACAGCGCUGAAAAGCCAGCUGCUGAAAAGCCAGACUCUUCUCCCCGUGAUCCUUCUCCCUGUGAAUUUAAACUGUGUGUAGUCCUUAAGUCCUUGUAUGUAUUUCACCCCCUCUCCCCUUCAAUCACAUUAAUUCUUAUGGGAAAAAAUGCUUCUGCUAAUCUGCUUUUUACCGGAAUGUGUCCUUGGUGUAUAGUUGGGCAUGACUGCAAUCUGUUCUUCAUGGCCAAAAGUGGCAAGAUGAGAGGUAACGGGCUUAACUAUAAGAAGGACCACGGCAAGACUUCGGAAAAACUUUCUAAGAAUCAGGAUAAUUAGCACUGCAGUAGAUUGCCAAGGGAAGUUACGACAUCUCUCUCAGUAAAAGUCUUGAAGAUGACAUUGCUAAACGUCUGUCAGAAAUGACAUUGAUAUUGUUAAUCCUGUCUUGGGGAAGAGGCAUAGCAUCUCUUGAGAUCUGUUCUAGUCCUGCUUCACUAUGACAACAUGACUCCUUAAGCAUUGAGCUUGAGAUGUUUGAUUAUUUAUUAUUUUUGCAUGCAACAAUCUUUAGCUAUUUUCUUGAAGGCAAAAAGGCAUACAGAUAAGAACUUUGAGACACAAUUGGUGUAUUUCCCUCCUUAAUGAUUAUACAUUUUUCUUAGCAUUUAACAGCUAUCAUUCAAGCAUGCUUAGAGCCUUAUCUGGAAAGAAACCCUGAAAUAAACCUAAUAUUUGUUUAAAAGAGGUACAAGAUGUCCCUCUUUGUACAUGGGGUGGGUUUUUUUUUAGUUUGAUUCCCUUUGGUUAUUUUUUAGGUGAUCAUGUGUGAACUGUGCAUGGAUUCAGAUGCUAAAGGGUCAGUGAAUUUGUGAGAUGAUAUUUCUUGCUGUAUUUUUUCCUUCUUACACAAACCAGAAACAUGUAUUGAAAGAGCAUCAGCAUCUUUUAUCUCCAAAAAAAAAACCAAACAAAAAAAUCUUAGAGCUGUAAGAGACUUCUUAUCUCACCCCUGCAGACUAAAACCCAUCCUGGGGAUAUACUGACAUACUUGAUAAAACACAAUCCUGAAGCGUAACUCCCUCACUGCCUGCUACACUUCUCUUUCUGUUGCUAGAGCAUCAGCUGGCUCCAUCUCUCAGAGGGCUAACUCCCUCUGCCCACACACAUCUUCCUUCUCGUGGGCAGGCAGUCUCUGGCAGCCAAGGACACACAUGCACAGGAGCAAUUUGUUGUGGCUUUUUUUUUAGUGUGUGUACAGUGAUAAAAGCUGUUAAUUAGACUCACAGAAUGACUUGUGUUGGAAGGGAUCCUGCCAUGGGCAGGAACACCUCCCACUAGACCAGGCUGCUCAAAGCCCCAUCCAACCUGGCCUUGAACACUGCCAGGGAUGGGGCAUCCACAACUUCUCCGGGCAACCUGUUCCAGUGCCUCACCACCCUCACAGUAAAGAACUUCUUCCUAACACCUAAUCUAAAUCUCUCCUUUUUCAUCGUAAAGCCAUACCCUCUUUUCCUAUCAUUAUAUGCCCUUGUAAAAAGUCACUCUCCAGAUUUCUUGUAGACCCCCUUUAGGUACUGAAAAGCUGCUAUAAGGUUUUCCUGAAGCCUUCUCUUGUCCAGGCUGAACAGCCACAGCUCUCUCAGCCUGUCUCCAUAGCAGAGGUGCUCCAGCUCCCGAUCAUCUUCAUGGCCUCCUCUGGACUCAAUCCAAUAGAGUCCACAUCCCUCUUGUGUUGGGGGCCCCAGAGCUGAACACAAGACUGCAGAUGGGGUCUCACCAGAGCAGAGCAGAGGGGCAGAAUCACCUCCCUCGACUUGCUGGUCAUGCUCCUGUUGAUGCAGCCCAGGAUACGGUUGGCUUUCUGGGCUGCAAGCUCACACUGCCAGCUCAUGUUGAGCUUCUUAUCAACCAAAACUUCCAAGUUCUUCUCCUCAGGGAUGUUCUCAAUCCAGUCUCCCCCAGCCUGUACUUGUGCUUGGGAUUGCCCCAACCCAGGUGCAGGACCUUGUACUUGACCUUGUUGAACCUCAUGAGAUUGGCAUUGGCCCCCUUCUCAAGCGUGUCCAGGUCCCUCUGAUCCCAUCCCUUCCCUCCAGCGUGUUGACCGCACCAUACAGCUUGGUGUCAUCAGCAAACUUGCUGAGGGUGCACUCGAUCCCACUGUCCCUGUCACUAACAAAGAUGUUAAACAGUGCCUGUCCCAAUACCAACCCCUGAGGAACACCACUCAUCACUGGUCUCCACUUGGACAUCUUUUGAGCUGUUGACCACUACCCUCUGGAUGCAACCAUUCAGCCAAUUCCCUACCCACCAAGUGAUCUCUCUCCAGGCUCUGAGCACCUCUUGCUCGCACUGGCAUCAAACUGGUAGGAGCAGGAUGAACUGAGAUUCCCCUCCCCCAGCAACUUUAAAGCCCUCUUCACCAGCUUGGCAAGUCUAUGACUGAAGAUGCUCUUUGCCUUCUCUGACAGAUCGCCCCAUCAGCCCUCAGUAGACCAGGUUUCUCAAAGCAAGUCCCAUGCUCUAAGUAGCUAAACCCCUGGUUGUGUCAGGAAUUAAUGGAAGGGAAAAGUUUAUGUUCUCACAAGGUUUGAACUGCUUAUGAGAGCUGUCUCACCCAGGAAGUAGUCUGGACUCACUACACAGAGUGAUGAAAAUUUAGUGUAUGACAGAGUGGGUGGCAGAAAUUAGGCAAAGAAUAUAUUUGAAUAAUGUUUUCUCUUAAGAAUAAUCAGACUAUGCAUGGUAGCUUUGAUUUAUGAAACUGUAUUUGUGUUAAGAGUGGAAAAAGCUAUUUGUAUCAGUGCUUGUGGCUGUAGUCUAACUAAGGUUCAUUAAUAGUUCAGAUUGCACCUGAAAAUAAAUGGAUAUUUACCUGA